AUGGCACUGAUAGGUGGCUUCCUGCUACCUGCACUGGUCACUCCCCUCCGCACCAGAACCCUCCCACAUGAGACGGUGCUUGACAUUUGGGAUCGACAAUCCCCUCGACUUCUGGCCCAAGGUCUUCGCUCUGUAGGUCAACCAAGCCAACUAAUUAACAGUCGUGCCUUCCAUCAUUUGAUGGAAUCUGCAAGCGCAUGA